CCCCACGCAAUCCCAAACCACCCUUCUUUCUCUCUUUCUGUCUCUUUCGUUUCGGAUCUUCCCAUUCCAUCGAUGGUCUACCCUCCCUUUUUUCUCUUUCUUCAAAUUAGCCCCCUAAUGUUCUCGUGCCCUUUCUCUCUCUCUCUCUCUCUCUUUCUCUCUCUCUCUCUCUCUCUCUCUCACUCUUUCUUUCUUUUUCUCUCUUCCUUUUUAGAGGCCUCUUUAUACAGAGAUCUCAUUCGUUCGAGUCUUCGAGUUUCUAGUCGAGGGAGGAUAAAUUUGCGUUUCCGUAAGACCAACUCCACUACCAACUCAUUUUUUCCUUUCUACUACCCCUUUUUCAAAGUUCGCGAGAAAGUUCAUAUUUACUAGCGUCGCCGUAAUAUAUCGUUUUGCCCCCCUGCGGAAACCUUGCGGUUACUAUAUCCGAAUGAAACUCAACGUAGAAAGGCUAUAUACGUUGCCAUCGUUUUGCACGGCCAUCGAGGAGGUCGUUUUUCGAGAAGGCAAGUUUUUUAAUACAUACUGAACCAGUUUCGAAGACUAUUGAUUCGCCUCACGAAUACAGUAUAGAUUUAUCGUUCGGUAGUCGGAAAAUAAACGAACGUAAAAGAGACUAUAUUAUUUUCUACAGUGAUAAAGUAUUAUAUAUUAUCGUAUCAUUAUAAAUUAUGCUUUUAUUGUUGUUCGUAGCUAUCUCUUGUAUUUCAAAAUAUUAAUUUUAUACACACUUUCAAGCUCAUUCUACAUUCCUACAAUUAAAAUCUCAUAAGUUUAAAAUUAGAUAACUACUUACGCAAAGGUCAUAAAAUCAUCAGGGGAAAGACAGGUCAAAUUACUUAACAAACAACUAUCCUGACAUCACUAAACGUACCUUUACGACGAUACAAUCGGAACAUCUUAUUUCUGACUCACAGUUCUGACUAACUGAACAAUGAGGAAAUUUCGUAGUACCUACGUGAAUAUGAUGUAACGACGAGCUGGAACAUCAUCGACAUUGUCCGCUUGCAAUUUCGACCGUCAGCCGCACACUUCGAAUACCCAAGCGGAACAAAUUGUUCCGUCCGCGUUUCGUAACGGCUGCGUCCAUUAGGGAGACAAGAUUGUGCAAAAUCGUAAAUUGACAGAGCUCGUUCGAAAUACAAAUUAAGAUCAAAAAUAUACAAAGCUAUUAUCAAUGGCAUUUUGAUUGAUCAAAGUAUUAUUUGAUCUAUAGAUCUUAUCAAAAUCAAUGAUUCGUAAAAUAGUUUUUAAAGUUAUAGAAAAGGAAAACACGAAAUUGUAAAAAUUUUAUGAGUGUCUUUUGAGAUUUUUAGAUGGAUUAUUCUGGAGAAAGUUUGAAGAAGAACAACGAAAAAGGAUAGAUAAUUUAAAGAAACUUCAAGUUAAAUUAAGAAUUUGAUACGAUUCUUGGCUUCGCCUGCUUGAAAUAAAUAAACACGAUACAGAUAAGUUCAUCGUUGCACUUCCAAUGGGAAAGUUAAGAAUAGGAAAAGAAAAAGUGUCCACGACACGCAUUUCGAAUUUCCAGGAAGAAAAAUAUCAAUUUGAUAUUAAUCUGAAAUGAAAGUAUUUGGACCAUGGUGACCACCAUGGUAAAAUAAUUUUUCAUGUUAAUGAAGAAGUUCGUCCAGUUAUUUUUAUUACUGGUUCAAAUAAACUAUAUCAGAGAUUUAUUUAUUAUCCAAAAGUAUUGCGAUCGAACUUAUAUAUCGAAUCUAUUCCAUAGAACUCGAUCACAAUAAAGACGAUCAUUAAUAUUAUUAUUAUCACUGUCAUCAUUGAAUAUAAUAAAUGAGAAAUAUUUUUCUACUGAAAAAAAAAAAAAAAAAAACAAAACAGAAAGUCGUAAUUUCAUAGCCUUCCUUGUUAGAAUAUGACAAUAUACCAUGCGUGACCACUUUAUAAAAGGGUGAAACUCUACAAAUUAGAAAGUCAGUUCUGUGACGACGUUCCGCUAGUUAGUGCAAAGAUCUGUCAAAUGAAACGCCUUUGAAAGAACUUCGAAGAUGACAUUGAGAAGUAAAUAAAGUGAAUAAAGUGAAUAAAAUUACAACGAUUUAUUUCGAUUGAUCAGAAACCGAUUUCCGAUAUAAUGACUCUACAAUAUUUUCUGAUUUUCUUUAUUUUUUUCAUCGUUUGUCAUGGAUUAUCAGAGGAAAGAGAAUAUUCUUCAACAGACGAACUUUUAAAGAAGCAAUUUACAGAAGACAGAUUUUUUCCGAAUAUCGUACGAGAUAGAAAUUCCUCCAAAGGUUUCCAGACGAAGAAUAACGAAAAUAAUUCCGAUGAUAAAAACACUGAUAAAAAAGCAAGAACUGUUAUUCGUGGAUCACCGUCUUUGGAAUCGAGAGGUUCCAACUGUUGCGGAAAUAGACAUGGUUCAGGUUCAUCGUCUCGACCAGAUUACAACAGGAUUCCAUCGGAAAAUAAUCAUUAUUCAUCUUCGUAUGGAGACAGAAAUGUCGACAGACAUAGUUGGCAAAUUCCAAUUCGACCCAUGAGUUCAAAUAUAGGUAGUGAAAGACCUAACGUUGGAAGUUACAGUGGUAGCUAUGGUGGAAAUGGUGCUUAUAGUGGAACUUACGCAGGAGAUAGAUAUGGACAAAGGCCUAGUUACGGAAGUGAAAGUUCUAAUAGACCAGGAUCAAAUUAUAAUUCAGCAGAUGCUGGUGGAUACGGUUAUGGUAAUGGUGGAUAUGGUAGUUAUGGCGGCACACGACCUGGACAUGGAAUCACAGCUACUUUAGAAAAUGGAAAUGAUUUUAAUCCUGACGAACCUGAUAUUCCUGACAAUAAUGUCCCACAAUAUCCAGGAAGUAAUAUCCAAACUCAAAAGGCCGUUGCUUUAAAAGCUUUAGCCGGAGUCGCUUUGAUCGGCGCAGCCGCGGCUUUAGCUACAAAUCCGGUUCUUCUACCGAUUGGAAUUGUUUCCGGGAGAAGAAAACGUUCUGAAAUUACUUCCGCGGACAACGACAUUAUGAAUUACGUUUUACAAAUGAUAGCGACGAAUUUCUCUCAAACGUAUGAUAAUGGAAGAUUUGAAAAUAAAAAAUAUGUCUCUCCGAAAUGUGUAGCCAGAUUGACAUGCGAAAUACGUAAAGAUUAUAUGAUCGAUAUUACUGAAGAUAUUAAAAAUCAACACGAUGGGAAAAUUACGAAAAUACAAUUUAACAAAUUAAUUCAAAAUAACGUUCUGAAUGCUGAAACUAUAGAUAAUAGCGUUAAGGAAUUAAUUAAAAUGGCUCUCACCGUAAGUUCAAAUAGAGGAAAUUGUGGAGUAUUCGCUUGUAAUUUUAGACGUAAUAAUUUAUCCAAAUAAUAUAAAAUAAUUUUGUCUUUAAUUAAUCAU